GUGGUCGUUCCUUUUCGUGCUUCCUGCGUCACGCCCUCAGCUGGCUAGGUUGUCAUAGCGAGGUUUUCGAAUACGCCCUCUCUGUAAACGUCCCGCCGCGAUGCCGGCCGGCACAGAGCUGCUCAUGCCCGUGCAUUGCUCCGCGAGAGAGUUCGCUCCCCCGCUAGGCAGAACUUCUCCCCACUUGCCUUUCGUCCAUCUGGACAGCGGUUGCCGCCACGGCUGCUGGCGACUCUGUGUCGCCAGAGCGCCAUUUUAUUGGUGAUUUCGGGCAAUGCGUCACGCGAAAACGUCGCAGCUUGAAAACAGUCGUCGAGGAAACAGUGUCGAGUGCUUUUUUUUCUCGCAGUCACCCACCUCCUGGAGAGUUGCUGCAGGUCUGCGUCGGGCAGUGGCAUCAGCCGGCAGCGACGCCUCCAGCCUCGCCACACCCGGUGGUCCCGCCUUUGCCCCUGCCCCAGGAGAAUCUGUGCCCCGCGUCGAAUCUAGAUUCCUGAAACAACUGGCACGCAGCUCUCUUUGAGUGACUUCCUGGCCUCAACCCGCCUCGCUGCAGCCGUUCUCGUCUGAAUGAAAAGUGUAAACGAACCCUGUCCGUCAAAAGUUCACAGGAGGGUUUUCCCUGUGUUUUUCGGGCCCCGACACGAUAUCGGCGGGCAAACCAGUCCCCGCCGGUGUCUCUCUGGAAGCGGCUCUCGCUGAGUUUUUUCCUACUCAGCGCAAGUCAGAAAGACGCCCCUCUCGUAAACGCACGGCUCUCUCAGCCGCGUUUCUCCUCGUUUUGCAGACCACUUCUUUAUCAUGUUCACCUGGGAACUCUGGGCAUUCAGGCGCCACGAGUGCCGUUGGUGGCAUUUCUGUGCGGUUUGAGGCGGUCUGGGGUACACUGAUUCGGAAAGUAUAGGAUCAGUCGCGAGUUUUCUCCCUCGGUGGAAGCAGUGCCAAGGGGACAAAGCAUGCUUUCGGUCGUGGUGUCGUAGAGUUUUAGCGUUUUUGCCGGCUGUCUGAGGCAGGUGGAUUCGUUCGCCAUGUUCCCAGAGCAUUCAACGCGUGUGCCCCGGUAGCUAGUUGUUGCACGGUAAACUGCCCCUGCCUCCCCAACUCGUUUUCAACAGCACUCCCCUGGGGUACUUCCUCUCGGAGAUUCCCCACCCCCACAUUGAAGCUGUUCGACGGACUCUUGUCCAAAGAAUUAUGCAGGUAAUUGCUUUGUUCGAUCUAAAUGUGGUUCCCCGUUUUCCGCCGACUAGCAGUGCCUGUCCGCUUUCGAGUUCACGCUGCCGUAGUGCCGCCCCCCUGGAUACUGAACCGGAACUUAUUUGCUGCUAAAGCCGGCGUUUCGGAUCCAGCACAAUUUCCAAAUUUGAGUCUCUCGUUGUGUUUUUAGUGGAUGUGUAAGUACAUGCAGUGCAUUUGCGUGUGUGAGGAACGGCUACAGGAUGUGCUGACAAGUUCUGCGUGACAGUGGCAACAUGUGAAGCGUAUCGCACGCACAAGGUUCUGUUUGUGGUUUAUCCACGGUAGGAAAUGCCCACAUCAAUCGAAACAUUCAGUUCUCGAAGGCUGCUGAAUGUUGGUAUGUACAGACUCACCUCUGAGUGCUCCUCGCGUUGUCGCGGUGUCGCAACUCUGGCCCCUCACGCAAGUCCCGCGGCUUUUCUUUGGUGUAGGUACCCGUUUUAAUGGACUCGUGCAAUUAAUGUUCUGCAGCGGCUUGCUGGGUUUCUUCUUUCCAGGUGUUGAGGCUACUCAGUUUGAAGUAUUCCCUCCUACGCGGCUCACUUGCUCGCUUUCCUGUUCGUGCCUCUUGCUUCUGUCCCAGGGAAAGCAAUGCCUUUGAGAGCGAGCUUGCCAGCGACGUUUUUUUGAGUUCCUUUCUCCCCCUCUGGCCAGCUACCGUCAUUCCCACAUGCGACACUUGCAGCAGAAGCUCUCAGUCUGUCGCCUGCAACCUGUGCAGCCGUAGCUGUCGGCGCAGGCGCGGCAGGAGGCGUCCGUCAAACGCACAAACGUAGCAGUCGUCACGAUGUCUCUGUCGGAAAAAGAAUAUGUCACUGCCGUGAGAGGCAGUAUCGAAAGUAAACUCUUGAAUCAAGCGGAAGGGAAAGCGUUGGGCGAAACAACUUCCCGAAGGUCCGCUUUUCCUGAUCUGGCUGUGACUGAAGAUUUUUCAGCUUAUCAGCUAGGUGCAGAAAGUGCAGAUGAGGCUCGUGUAGCCGCUGAAGGCAAAAUGAGUGAAUCCACGUGGUGUGGAGGGGUGCAUGCAGAGGGUGACACCGGUCCCCUGUGCGGGACAAACGUCAAGGAAGGUCCCAUGGAACAAGAGUUGCCGUUCUCAGAGCUUCCCGCGGUUGAGGCGCACGACACUUUGGUGGGAUCAGAUGCUGGCUUCUCUAUGGGGGCGACUCGCCCCUGCACCGGGGCUGCGACCACAGGUUGCGAUUCCCCGUCGAUCUCCCUCUCCUCUUCCUGUCCCGCGACAGUCAGUCCGAAGAAACAGUCUCCGACUCUCUCGUGUAGGUCUGGGUCCGGUGCAGAUGGAGCCGACUGUUGCAUUCCCCUCUUCCGUCCUCAGUCAUCUUGUUCUACCAUUUCCUCCUACCACUUCUCGUCUAAGGGCUCUUUCUCUCCUGUGUCUUUGUCACGUUCUGCCUCGCUUCUGGACGACCCAGCGAACUUCGUCCAAGACGGGAUGCCCCCCCUUCGCAAGGAUACAGGUUUCUCUUUUGGUAAGGACUCUGCUCAGUCCCCGAAAAGUGCAUCCGUCUCUGGAGGGGCUCUUGCCGUGGAACCCACAGGAGUGCCAGAGUGCAAACUUCCCUCACCUUUGCCGCUGGUAGAGAAGAGCAGUGUGCGGGCAGGGGAGACAGCGAUGGACGAAGAAGAGGACGAAACCAAUGCAGCUCUCCAAGGUGCAGCGGAGAUGAAAGGCCAUCGAGAGGGGUCGGCUCUAUCGCACGCAGGAGCAGAUGGCAUGGGCAUUGGUUUCGCAAGCAGUGGUGAAGAAUCUCUUGCGGACAAAAUCAGCGACGAAGUUGAUUUCAAGCAGCAACGUCCCCCGGAAGGCGCAGAGAACGGCAUCCACACAGGUCACGCGGCGCCGAGAAAAACUACCACGGACGGCGCAUUCCCCGAAGUCUCGCUGACUUCUGCGAGUGACGAGUCGCAUGGCGUUCUUGUGUCUGCAGAGAACCAAGUGAACAGUCUUGAGACUCGAGAGCCAGAGGGAUACGUGUCAGAUUCACAAAAUGGCAAGCUCCUCAAUCUGCUAGAACAAUAUCGGCAGAGCCUCCAGGUGUGCGAAGCAAGUGUCGCUCGGAGUGGGGAAUGCACGGGGUACCCUGAAGUAACUGAGAGUCUGAGAAGCGCAUUGCCUGUCGUCGCCGAAUCAGCACCGACAGGUUGUCUCACCGACGUAGAGGUUCAGAGCGAAGGAGGCAACAGCUUCACUGAGGCAGCACCACAGUCAAGUGGGGCGCUGCAUGCCUCUACGCCACAUCCGAGCUCUGUGCAGUCGGACACUGUCCGCUGUAGCGUCCCGAAACAGGAAAGUCGCCCAUCAUGGAAAUCCUCUGGGCAUGAGGAAGAGCAUGACUGGGAAGACCACAUGCUCCUUCAGCGCUCUUCUUCCUCGAGUCUUUCCGACCUGGCGACAGUGGCAGCCAACUCGUUUUCAGCUUUGCGGAGAGGCGGCAAUUCUGAGCAUUUUGACCCCGACAGGAAAUUGUCGCGGGCGUCUCUCUCUGAAGAGAACAUCGAACAAUUGACCAGGGCAUUUGCCGGCGCUCCAGAUUACCGGAACCACGCCGCGACAGACACUGCUGGGAUGGAAGAAGAAAACCUGCCCUUUGACGAGACUCCGUUCCUCCUUGGCAAAAUGAAGAAGCAGAGGAGGGGGACAUGCAGCACGAGUUGCUCGGAGGUGAGCAAUCUUAGCAGAAUGAAGGAUAGAGCCUGUUUUGGAGAAGCGAAGACGAAGCGAGGCUCCAUGGCAAGCACAGGCAGUGGCGCGCAGAGUGUCUUUGAUGAGCCGGCACGCUUUUCAGGUGUCCAAGAAGCGAAGCGUGGUCACAAUGGCUACAUCUUGUCCGCUUUGCAAAGAUGUGAUAGUCAGUUUUUCCGCCCUUGUCAAAACGCAGAACCCCCUCUCGGAUCGGUCUCCGACGCGGCUGCACCAGAGUGGCUUCGGAACAGUCAGGAAUCGAGAGGAACCUCCUUCCGAAACGACUCAGAUGAGGCCACACUGGGCUUCCUACGAAGCGCUCCUGCAUCCCCUUCGACUGACGCCGGUUGCGAGUAUGGCGAUGUGUCUCCUGAUGCCACGCCCCGUCGGUCUUUCUCAGGAUGCUUGAUGGAGAGCUCGUGUACAAGUCUGUGUUCUUCUCCGUCCUGGACCGGCAGUCCUGCGGUGUCCGCGACCUCGCGUUCUGCUUCUCCGAAGUCGUCCUACAUGAUCAACCAUUCAACACGCAGUAGGGACUUGUCUCCAAUAGGCAGACACGCGGCAGAAAGCACUCGAGUUCCCGGAGUUUCUGAAGAGGCGCUGAGGUCUUUCCUCCCAUCUUGCUCUGUGGGGUCGACUUCUUCCUGCGAGUCUGCGUCGCCGAGUCCAAGAGCUCUGCACGUCGCUCCCCCGGCCCGCGCCACGGUUGUUGUGGAGAAGAACAUCACACGGACCCUCUCGAGAAGGGAGGCGGCAUGGGAUGGCGUUCCUCACCCUCCGUUUGCCGACACUUGCCCCCGUUCGAAGACAGCGGUGGCGUCUUCAAAGGCCUUCAUCAGUUCUGCCUGCUCCAGUCAAACGGUGGAACAGUGUGGCACACAGCCGCCUAAAGGAGCGAGCAAGGCUUUGCAUCCACACAUGUCACUCGCCGCGCUGUCUCUGCUCGACGCGAUGGCAUCCAAGUCUCAAGAUGAGCUGCACAUGUUCAUCGAGGGUCUGCAAACUGCAUGCGUCCUUCUGCGAGGAAAUAGCACAACUGAUGCGAGUGCCGACUCCUUGGUUGGGUUGAUGAUGUCUGCAAUUGUGUCCAGUCUGACCCCGAAGCCUGGUGUAAAGGCACAUGAACCUGCAGCGCCGGCAGCCGCUUGUCGAUCCGGCGAGCACGCGCUGACCUCGCUUAUGAUUCCGUUGGGGUCCGAAAGUGACCGUUCUUCCCCGACAGCCUCGUCUGCCGUCGCUGUCACGAAACACGACAAGCGCUCGGCACAACGUAGCAAAUGCGAAGAAAGACCGUCGCUUCUGUCGUCAGUUGCAUCCGGUGCGGCGAAGCCCAAGGCAACGCCUUCUCUUCUGGAGACAACGGAGACGGAGGCUACGGAGACAAGGUCUGGUUCUGGGAAUCCAGAGAGUCGGAAGAGACUGAGGGGAUCCACUGUCUCUUUGGCCUCUGAAGAAGAGAGAAGUGGAGUUAAGCGGUCGUACUCAGCUCUUGACACUCUCUCCAGUGCAUCGAUGCGCUCCGCGCACUCUGCAGAGACAGAGACAUCGCAGCAGGUGUUCUCUUUUCUCUUAAAGUCACUGGAAGCGAGUCCUUCUAAAUCCGACGAAGCGUUUGGGCCAGCAGGCAACGAAGGCGUGCCUUUGGAUAUUUCACGGAAGUCCAGUGAAUCCCGUACAACGUGCACUGUUCUCAGCCACGCAGCAAAGGCCCGGCGGAAGCGGAGUCGGAACGAUGACGGCGAAGCUGGAGACGCAGCUGGCGCGCGCGACAUCAAACGGUUUCCUAUUCUCUCGAGCGCUCGCCCGAUCAUAGUCCCCGCAAGUCUUUGCGCGGCAAAGCCAAAAAAUGCGUUGUCGUCUGCGUGGUUUUCAGGGCAGCCGGAGGCUCUCGCAGAGCUUUCUGCUCUGCUUCAGUGUGGCCACUCGCAGGAAGCCGGGGGCGAGAUCAGGCGCUGCCCAACGAACCGUUCUGAAAGGGUGAAACCGGAAGCGACGGCAGAGCAUGUCGCGGCGUCCUGCUCUCCCGGUGAGGCAGCAGCUCGGCAAUCCGUGGAAAGAAUCCCAAACGCAGACGUGCGUCUGUGGCGUUUCACUGAUGCUGGAGGCUCGCCAGUCGGGAAAACCUUCGAGGAAUUACAGGUGAAAAAACAAGGCAGCAUCGAGGUGCCCGCUAGCAAUGCUGGCACCGCAGCGACUUGGCCGAGCACGAAUCGCCAGGAGCAGGCAGGAGCGGAAGCGAUGCAACAACUUUCCGCAACUUGUGAACAAAAGGGUCGAGCGGCCACAUCGAAGAAAGAAGCGCGUCCAGAAACCCGUAUGUACGCUUGCCCCCUCUGCAACGGCUUGUUCAGCAGGAACUACAACCUUCACCACCAUAUCAGAGCAGUCCAUGAGGGGGUGAAGUCGUUUGUCUGUCCUAUUUGCCAAAAGAAGUUCAGCUACAAACGAGGCAAUCUUGAACAGCACAUUCAAGCUGUUCAUAGGGGGGAGAAGCCGUUCCUGUGUAACAUUUGUGGAAGGGCUUUCAGUCAGAAAGGCAACUUGAGUCAACACACGCAAGCGGUGCAUGCAGGGAAUCGGCCUUUCCAGUGUCCUCAGUGUUCGAGGGCGUUUAGCCGCAAAAGUCACCUCCAUAGACACAUCACUUCUCUCAAGCACUACGGACCCGCUGGCUCUUCCGUGAAUGUCUCGCAGCUGUCUGCAGGGAUGCUCGAGAAAGAAAUGGCUAGAGGCGCUGAUUCAUCGAACUGAAUGUGAAGACUCAGCUUAUACAAGGGGCCUGUGGUUAGCUCUCGGUGGAGGUACACAGACAGUUUCCUGCUUGUGAAGGAGGAAUACAACUUGGUACAUUAUUCAGGUUGCUAUGACAGAUGAACUGAAGAAUUCUGGUAUGGAAAGAUGUGAGGAUAGAGUGCUCCAGGUAGCCGCCACCUGGAAAGGGGGGAGAGAAGAAGUCUUUUCUCGGCAGGUACACGCACAGCGUCACGGCAACUCGACAACGGGUUUCCGAGGCAGAAAGGGACAUAUAAUACCGAAGGAGGAACCAGGGGCGUGAAGGUGUAGUCAUCUCUGGAGAGGGAACUGUCUACGUGAUUGUCACUGUAGCAUGCGACAAGAUCAUCGGCAAGGACUGUCUUAUCGUGGUGCGUCCACUACUUACUAGCAUGUUUCAAGAUACGUCACUUUUUGAACAGAGGAUCUAAACUGAAGCGCAUAUAGGUCAACCCAAGUUUCUCCUUGAGUAUGUUGCUGCUGUACGGCUCCUCUGUCCCGUCUAUUCUCUCUUUUGUCGUCAAGAGAGGCUCCGCCUCCAAAGCGCGUUCCAGACCGGCAAUAUGUGUGUGUCAUCCUAGCCGGGACAGUGGCGCGGCGGGUGCGGGUGCUCCAUUACUGAUGAGAUCAGUGAUAGAUCUCGUGGAGCCAAAAGAGUAAGGGGGA